AGUGCUGGUACCUACCAAAUCUUAGCGGUUCUUUCAAAGAAAGCUUCUGAACCUCAAAAAUCAACUUUGAGAAAACUCCAAUGGCUUCUCAAACCCUAAUUCUCCAAAACCCAAAUCUUCCAAGAACUACUAUCCUCUCUCAUCCUUCAACCCUCAUAUACUCGAAACCCAGAACUAUUUCCUUUUCCUCACGGCCAAAUUCACUCGCAGCUCACAUUCUUAAAUCCAAGAAAUUCACAGUUUCCGCAUCAUCCUCAACUGUUCUCGAAAACCCAUCUGCGAAUUUAUCCACAAAGCCUUCAAUUACACCCAACCCCUUAAUCACUCGCUCCACGCGCACAAUUACAACACUCUUUGCGGUCACUUUAGCUGUAUCAAAGUUGGUCUUCAACAAAUUGAUCUUUAAUGGAUUGGGACAAUCACUGGCUUACACCGCUGGCCCAAUGUUUUUUGCGGCCCUUAGGGAUCAGCCUACAACAGGAGGUUUAAACACCCCUUUUACUGUAGUUGCGGCUGGAAUGGCUAAAUGGCUUGAUAUAUAUAGUGGGGUUUUGAUGGUUCGGGUUUUGCUUAGUUGGUUUCCUAAUAUACCUUGGGAUAGACAGCCAUUAUCAGCUAUUAGGGAUCUUUGUGAUCCUUAUUUGAAUCUCUUUAGGAAUAUAAUUCCUCCGAUAUUUGAUACUUUGGAUGUGAGUCCACUUUUGGCUUUUGCUGUGUUGGGUACGCUUGGUUCGAUUCUUAAUAGCAGCAGGGGAGGAUACUGAGGCAAUUGAUAUGGAGUAAGGACCAAUGAUGCUUUUAAAAGACGUUGCUUUUUAUGUUGGUCUUUUAAUACGUGUGUUAGAGUUUGAGGGCUCAAUGGUAUUGUAGUAGUAAUGUUGAUUUCAGAGAUUUUGGUAUAACUCAAAUGUUAUUUAUCUGGAUGUAUACUUGAAUGAAUAGCUAGUUGAUGUGUUGAGAAUAUAGGGGCUGUUUGCCACUGAUAAAUUUUCUGUU